AUGUAUAUUAGUUAUGCUGAGUAUGUGAACAUGAUUGCAAAUAUGGUUGGGGAGGGUGAUGAGGGCAAGCUGGAAAGAAUGGUUGGUGCUCUACUUUCAUGUGAUGCAUCUGGCGAACAGCUGUGCCGAAAGGUUGAGGAAGCGAUUGGAAAGCGGAUUGCGCCUGAUGUGGUUGAUGGCUUAGCCAGACUUACACAGAGCUUCUGUGGAAAUGACCGGAGCAGUGUCUUGUUUGAGGAUGUCGAGCUUUUUGAUGCGCUGUUUGCAAGCGAUGAGAAGAGAAUGCUUCUUGAGGUGAUUAGAGGCGGAGUGCUUGAUAGGCUUUGUGUGCUGUUGAGGGGAUGGAAGAUGUAUUUUUUGAAUCGAAUCCUGUGCAACAGCAAGGCAUUUGAGUAUUUUCUUGUGUACCAGCUGGAGCCUGAAGACAGCAUGAAGGCGAAAGAAAUGCUAAGGACAGAGGGCGCAGUGGCGUUUACAAAGUACAUUGAGCACGACAUGCUGAGCCUGAUGAGUGGAUGCAAAAUAGUUGAUCUUGAAAGAACAUCGUCGAAUGCAAGCACGCAUAUGAAGAAGAGGGAGUAUCCUGCAGAUGCAGAGGUGAGGUAUGCGGAUGGGAUUGAGACUGUGUAUGUUCAUGGAUGCAAAAAAGAUAUUGACUUUGAUGCUGAUGUGCCUGGGGAUGCUGAGCUGCUUUUUGGCAAUGGAUUUAAGUUUAACUAUGUGCAGAGUGCUGUUUAUGAUGCAGUGUUUAAUGACUCUGGAAAUGUUCUUGUAUGUGCGCCUACUGGCAGUGGAAAGACGGUGAUUGGGGCAUUGUCGAUAUUGAAGGUAGUGGCUCAACAAGGGAAGAUGGGUGAUGCGAAGAAUGCUGGAGCGGAUGGAGGGAAGAAGAUUGCAUAUGUGGUGCCGAUGAGGGCGCUUGCAAGAGAGGUGUCGAUGACUCUUGGCCAGAUGUUUUCCAGGCAUGGCAUGGCGGUGGUGGAGCAUACAUCUGACACGGAUGUUGGAUACAAGCAUCUGGAGAAAGCAGAUGUGAUAGUUUGCACACCUGAGAAGCUCGAUGCACUGACAAGAAAUACGGGGUUUGGGUUUUCAGUGAUGGUGAUUGAUGAGAUCCAUAUGCUUGAUGAGGAUCGAGGCGCAACGAUAGAAGCGCUUGUUGCACGGAUGUCUGUAAGGAAGGGAUGCAGGAUUAUUGGAUUGAGUGCAACGCUUCCAAAUCAUAUGGAUGUUGGGCGGUUUCUCGGGUGCAAGCAGGAAAGUGUGUUUGCAUUUGGCAGUGAGUUUCGGAGAUGUGCGAUGGACUAUGAACUGAUCAAUGUUGGCAUGAGGGAGAUGGAGAUGAUUGUUGCUGUUGAGAAGGUUCUGGAGAAUAUGGAUAUAGGUGGCCCGGUGAUUGUGUUUGUCCAUUCAAGGAGAGAUGUGAUGGAGAUGGCACGUGAGCUCGCAAGGUAUCUAGGACGACAUGAGUGCAGAGAUAACGAUGACGACAAGCUGCUGGCAGAUGCAGAAAAAUCGAUUAGGGAGAUAGCAAGGCAUGGGAUUGGAGUCCACCAUGCAGGGCUGAGCCGAAAGGUAAGAACUGCUAUGGAGGAGCUGUAUAAGAGUGGCCGUAUUGAUGUGAUGGUAUGUACAGCAACACUUGCUUGGGGUGUGAAUCUACCGGGACGAACUGUUGUUAUCAAAGGAGCAGAUGUGUAUGAUACAUAUACGUGUGAGUGGAAGUCAAUUAAGCAGGCCGAGAUACUCCAGAUGUUUGGUAGGGCAGGGCGAUUUGGAGAUGAAAGAUGCAAGGGGGUUCUUGUUUCAAGCAAGCAGACCGAGUUUCUGGUUGAGAGGUGCAUUGAAUCGAGACUGCUUCCAAGGCUGUGCGACUUUUUGAAUGCAGAGAUUGCAGGCGGGAUGAAAGAGUUUGGCCAGGCUGUGGAUUGGUUUAAGCAUACAUUUUACUAUGCAAGGCUUGUGGUGAUGAAUAGAGAGUCAGGGAAGGCUGCCAGGGAAAUUGUGUACAGUGCGCUGAAGCAUCUUGAGGCAGCAGGACUGAUUGUUUUUGAACCGUUUGUGCAUUCGACAUGUGUAGGAGCUGUUGCGUCUAGAUAUUGCCUGCAAUACCGAGAUUCAUCAAGGAUGUUUGCAGACUUGUGCAGCUUGAUGACUGAUUCGUCGAUGUUUUCGAUGAUUGCAGAGAUGAGCGAGUUCAAGGGAAUCGGCAUACGUAAAGAAGAAUUUGAAGCUGGCGAUGCGGUGAAUAUGGUUCCUGUUCCAACGGAGUCUACUUUUGGGAUUCUUGUUCAAUGCCAUGUUGCCAACAGGGUUGAACUGACGGUGCUGUCGCAGAACCUACCAAGGAUGUUUGCAGCAUUGUUUGAUGUCAGUGUAAGGAAAGGGCUAGGCGUUUGUAGAAGGGUUAUUCGGUGGUACAAGGCAGCUGUGCACAGGAUAUUUCCGUACCAAACACCACUGAGGCAUUUCUGCACGAACCAUGAUGCACUCAGGAUGCUUGAGAUGAAGGAGAUUCCGUUUUCAAUGCUGGAGAUGCUGGGAAGAGACGGGCUUGCAGAGAUGGGGAUCUGUGCGGAAGUGAUGGAUAGCCUGAAAUAUGUUCCGAGGUUCUGUAUCUCUUCAUGUGUGUAUAUGUGCAGUGAUGAGUAUUACGUGAUAAAUAUUGGGAUUGAAAAGGCAUUUGAUGAUAGCAAGUGCAGUGACGACAGGUAUUAUGUUUUGAUAACGGAUUCAAGAGACAAGGAGCUGGCUGUUUGUGACACAGUCGUGUUUGGAGACGGAAUGCAUUCAAGCCAGAACUACGCAAUAAACACGAAGUCGCCGUUUCUGAAUACAUAUGUGCUUUCUGCGAAUUAUUUGUGUCCUGAAGACCCGAGUGUUCUUAGUCUUGUAGAGGCAGGUAAUGCUGAACGCUCGAUGUUCAGUAGUGUAUGGAGGGAGUUUAUGAUUGAUGUGCUGAGCAGAAGCCGUGGAAAUGUAGUAAGGCUGGGCCUGGUGGAUGGAGCGAUAUGCACCAAAACUGUGAUUGUAGCAGGCUAUCGAGAAAGACGGAGGCUGAGAAUGAUGGGAUACGAGGCGUAUGUGCAUGAUGAGUUUGUUUCAGGACGAGUUACCUGUGAGUCAGUCACAAUUAUGGAUGUCCACAAUAUAUUUUCGAAUUACCUUAUUGAGGCAUGUAUAGCACAGUGCAUAGUUCAAGAUAUCAGAAUGGUUCUUGUUGGGCUUCCAUUUGUUGAUGGUGCAGAUAUUGAGCAUCUUGGCGACAUUGAGCAGCCUGGAGAAGCGGAUAGGAGUAAGAGUGGCUGUAAUGAAUGCAAGGAAAAGCAUCAUAUGGAAUACGAAAUGAAAGAAAAGACUAGAAUCUCGAUGUAUGGAUCAUGCAGCCUUACACAUCAUGGCGAAAUGCAUGACUACCUGAAUGAGUUUGAGCUGAAUAUAAGCAGGAUGAGUGUAGAUGGAUCAUGCCUUGUGAUUCUUCCUGUGCAGAGUGCAUGCAGACACUUUGCCAGCCGAUUCAGGGAUGCAAGGAUUGCGGCUGAGUUUGGUUGCAUUGGAAAAGGAGUGCACUUUGCUACACGAAGAAGCAUUGACAUGUGGAUUGAUGCAGGGUGGAAUCCAUGCGUGGAACAGGUCCAUGUUAUUGGAACUGUGUAUUAUGAUCAUGAGUCCCAAAUGUAUGCAGACUACAGGGUGGCUGAUGUGUGCAGGUAUUCGAUGCUUGGCUCACGUGUGUUUAUAUACACAAAGCGAAGCAAGGCAUUGCUGUAUUUGAAUCAAGGUAGGAUUCCACUGCAUUACCGGUCGUCUGGAAGAGGCGAGCUGGAUGUGUAUUCUUACUGGAUAGGAUGCAACCUGAACAAGCAUGUGGCAUGCACAUCCUUGCUUGUUGAUGAGAAUGGACUGACCAGGUAUGGGCGGAUUCUCUGUAGAUACGGGAUGUGUAUUGACACGAUUAGGAUGUUUGUAGGCAGUGUGAAGGACAAGAUGGGGCUGAAAAACAUUCUUUUGCUUGUUUGCAGAGCAGAGGAGCUUGUAUUCUGCAUGGAUCAUGACGAGUACAAGGUAUUGAGCAGCAAUGGAGUUGACAUUAGCAGGGGGAAGGCAUAUGGGCUCGCAAGCCAUGACUUUGUAAACGAAUCUGAGUGUCCCGACAUAUUGCAGUACUACCUUGAUGAUGUUUUGCCGAUUAUUUACAAGAUGUAUCUGUGUCUACUUGAAGUCUCAAUAGAAAAGGCGUGCCUGAAAACGGCAUUCAACGUGAUGUUUGGGCUGCAGAGUAUUACCAAGAAGACCUGUGCGGCACAGGACAAGUUUUACAAGCUGAAGCUUGUUGAAAAUAGUGUUGUUAUUGAUGUGGCGUCGAUGCCUGAUGCGCCUGUUGGAUUUGUGGUUUUCUUUCUGUUUUCUGGGUCUAAUGAAUAUGAAAUCCUCAAGGUAGAGUCUCCUGGGAUGUAUAAGGUUGAGUGGAGGAGCAGGGCUUGCUAUGUUGUGAGUGACUGCUGCACAGGGUUUGAUGCGAUUGGCUGUGAGUUGACAGAUGGCAAUGCAAGUGUUUAA